GCUCUGUGCUUCCAUUUUUCGUGGACAAUCAAAUUUUUGCUGUUGCCCCCUAGUUCUUCUCUGCCUGUUGCCUUCAAUGCCUGGGAUCAUGAAACACCAAAUUCUCUUUGCCAAUCUAUGUAAGUGUCGUUCGUAAAGCUUUUCCAGCUACUAUUUACAACGGCAGUUUAUUAGUAUUCAGAUAUCUUCACCAUAUCUUCUAUAUCCUAUUCCAAUAUCAUUUCAUUUAAUAAUGCAAAUGUCUGUGGAUAAAGACGUGUCUGGUUACAUGAAAGAUUUGAUAUCUAAAGUGCAAUCCUGGGAAAAGGACAUGUCGGCUAUAUUCACUGACGUUGAAACCAAUGUUAACAUUGCUGAGAAAAAGCUUGGCGACUUAGAGCAACUUGUGCAAGAAUACGGGAAGAAGAUCAAGAAGGCUAAGUCCUCAAGACACCGACAGCAACCUCCAGAUAUCUCUGAAGAUUCAAAAGAAAGCACAUGCGAUAGCCAUCUUGUGAAGAACCUUCAGCUUAUUUAUCACAAUAUGAGUCCUCAGUUGAAGCUAUGCCUUCUUUCUUUCGCGAUUUUUCCCAAAGAUUCCAUUAUAAAAAAGAGAAGUUUAAUUUAUUGGUGGAUAGGAGAGAGCUUAGUUUCUGAAAGACAAGACAAGACGGCAGAGCAAGUAGGCGAAGAAGUCUAUGAGAAGCUUAUAAAACAAGGCCUAAUUGAACCCGACGAUAACAAUCCAAGCCCUCUCAUGAAUAGAUGUAAAAUACAUCGAUGCACCCAUUACAUGCUUACCUGCCUGGCACGAGAAGCGGGGUUCUUCUAUUUCAAUUCGAAGGAUGAAACGUCUCCUGAGGUUCUCCUAAAGUGCCCCUGUAGCAGCAGCCGCCUGCUCUUAUUAGAUGGAGCAAACAGUCCACCAGGUGGAGAACCAGCUGAAGUUGAAGAUCGGUCCACGGUGUUCAAUGUUAAUCAGAUAAUACUUAAUCUUCCACCCCAAUGGCUUUUGAAGAUGAAAAAAUUGACAGUUCUUCAACUAGGACGGUGGAUGUACUCCCCAAACCAUCAUAUUGAAGUUGAUGAUCAGAGAUUCUUGAAUGAUAUCGGGGUUCAUCAUCGGCAUUUGAAGUUCCUAAGUCUUCGAGGAAUUUCUAGGAUCACGUCUCUUCCUGAUUCUAUUGUCCAACUAGUCAGCCUAGAGAUUCUUGACCUCCGAGCGUGCCACAAUUUGGAAGAGUUGCCUGAAAAAAUAGCAUCAUUGAAGAAGCUCACGCACCUGGAUGUAUCGGAAUGUUACCUUAUAGAGCGCAUGCCGAAAGAGACUGAGAAACUGUCCUCCCUCCAGGUCUUAAAAGGGUUUGUUAUAGGGACUGCGAGGAAUAAUCCAUGCAAGAUCAGUGAUUUGGGAAAUUUGACUAAACUGAGACGGCUAAGUAUAUACAUAGGCCGUGGAGCAGCCAUAAAUGAUAUGGAUUUUGCAUCGUUGAAGGAUGUUGCAUCUCUUUGCUCUCUAACCAUCUCAUGGGGAGUCACUUCUUCGGCACUGCACGCAAAGGGUGCUGUUGAUUGGGAUUUUCCACAACAACUGGAGAAACUAGAGCUCAUAGGUAUGCCAGAGAAGAGGAUGCCAGACUUGAAGAAUGUAAGGAAGCUGUACAUCAUUGGAGGGAAAGUUGCGAGCUUGGAUCCCCUGCAACAGAUUGAAUCAGUUGAGAUAUUGCGGCUGAAGCACCUUAAGGAGUUGAGAAUUGGAAACACGGAAGAGGUGCUGAAAAAGUUUCCCCGGUUAUUUUACUAUGAGAGCAGAAAUUGUGCUGACGGCAAUAAGUUGUGGUACAAGGGUAGGGAAAUUAACAAAGGAUCGUGAACCAUUAUUAAGAAGCCCAUGAGAGAAAAACUAGAGCUUGUAGAGAAACUGUUCUCAUUUGAGAAAGACUGAUGUGACAGUCAGGCUCAUGAGCUAAAACUGUAACUUGACAAAUGCAUUGUCCUUCGCUACUGAAGCUUUGUCUCAUUUGUUGUCUUCUAAUUUCUAUUGUAAUGAUUUUCAAUGGUCAUUUGUAUAACAUCUUUA